AUGCUGAGCUCCGUCGCUUCCGAGGAGUGGCCGAUCGCGAUGUCCGUCUACGGCGGCGGCGACUUGGAUUCGAAGGACGGAGCGUCGGCCGAUUGGGACGGAGAAGCAGAGGAGGAAGAAGGGAGCAGCGGUAGCAGCAACAGGAGGUCUCUGUUCUGGAGGAGAUGGCCGUACUACAUCUCGUACGGAGCUCUGUCGGCGAAUCGGAUCCCUUGCCCGGCGAGAUCUGGGAGGUCGUACUACACCCACAAUUGCUACAAGGCCCGCACCCCGGUCAACCCUUACUCCCGCGGCUGCUCCAGAAUCACCCGCUGCAGGGCGUAA